CCAUCACAGUCUGAUGAGUGGGUCAGUUUCCCUAUUGCUUUUUGGAUUACUGCUCCGUGUGAUCGCUGGAUUUGGGUAGCUGGAAACUUUUAAAUUUCAGAGUCUUGUAUCUGAAGAAGUACAGAGAUGAAUGGCCGUGCAAUACCGCCUUCUAUACCUGAGGAUGGUGAAGUCUUGGAAUACAUUCAACACGGGGAAACAAACGGUUACCAUGAAAGGUUUCGGGAUGGGGACAGCGGAGAGGCUGAAGUCCCGGUGUCCAAGUCCCAGAGACGGAAGAGUGAUGUCAAAGUAUAUAAGGAGUUUUGCGAUUUUUAUGCACGCUUCAACAUGGCCAAUGCCCUAGCUAACGCCAUGUGUGAGCGCUGCAAGAGUGGCUUUGCUCCGGCGGAGAAAAUAGUCAACAGUAAUGGAGAACUUUACCACGAGCAGUGCUUUGUGUGCGCCCAGUGUUUCCAACAGUUUCCUGAGGGACUCUUCUAUGAGUUUGAAGACCGGAAAUACUGUGAACAUGACUUCCAGAUGCUCUUUGCACCUUGCUGCCACCAGUGUGGUGAGUUCAUCAUAGGCCGUGUUAUCAAGGCUAUGAAUAAUAGCUGGCAUCCCGAAUGCUUCUGCUGUGACAUCUGCCAAGCCGUGCUUGCCGAUGUUGGAUUUGUAAAGAAUGCUGGCAGGCACUUGUGUCGUCCCUGCCACAACAGAGAGAAAGCACGUGGACUUGGCAAGUACAUCUGUCAAAAGUGUCAUGCCAUCAUUGAAGAGCAGCCCCUUCUGUUUAAGAAUGACCCCUACCAUCCUGAUCACUUCAACUGUAACAACUGCGGUAAGGAGUUGACUGCUGAUGCCAGAGAGCUGAAGGGGGAGCUUUACUGUCUGCCCUGUCAUGACAAAAUGGGAGUCCCCAUUUGCGGGGCCUGCAGGAGACCCAUUGAGGGCCGUGUGGUCAAUGCAAUGGGAAAGCAGUGGCAUGUGGAGCAUUUUGUGUGUGCUAAGUGUGAGAAACCCUUCCUGGGACACCGCCACUACGAACGCAAGGGCCUGGCCUACUGUGAAACUCACUACAACCAGCUGUUUGGAGAUGUUUGCUACCACUGCAAUCGUGUUAUAGAAGGAGAUGUGGUGUCAGCCCUCAACAAGGCUUGGUGUGUCAACUGUUUUGCUUGCUCUACUUGCAACGCCAAACUCACCCUUAAGAACAAGUUUGUGGAGUUUGACAUGAAGCCGGUGUGCAAGAAGUGCUAUGAGAAAUUUCCACUGGAGCUGAAGAAGAGACUGAAGAAGCUGUCGGAAACUGUCGCACGGAAGUAAACGCGGUGUUUACGUAAACAUCCAAAUGCCACCAUUGAGUGUUUUUAUAUACAGUAGAACUGCAGAGCGUGGACUGUCAUUUAAUGGGUCAGACUGUCAUUAGAAAAGAACCUUUCACUCAGCUUCCUUUUUACACUGCUAUUUAUCUGGAACGCAUUGCAUUGCCUGGACUGUGUUACUGAUGCUCUAUCAUAUUAAAGAGCAAGCCUAAACUAAAAUGAAGAACAUGUAUUUUUGUUGAAUGCUUAUGUAUCAAUUAUUCACUUUUUGUUAUCACUAUUUUAUGUAUUGUGUGUAUUUUUGACAAUACACUAUACAUCUUGAGUAGAUAUUUUAGUUGCCUUGUUUCUAUAAUAGAUAUCACUUCAUUUUAAGUUUAUUUUGUGGAAUGCAUUGAAUGGCGAAUGUACUGGUGCAGUCUGUUUAAAGUGUGUUUUUACUUUACAUUAUCAAGUUUAUGCACACGAGUCAAACAAUACAUGCCUGAUGUUAACUCAUUAGUUUGGGUCAAAUUCAGUUUUGAAAAAACGAGUAGAAAGCUUCAUCAUGGCCAGCCGUGUUUCAGAGCAACUGUUACGUUACAGUAAAACUUGAUGGAUAGUGGCAUUUGCGUGUGGUGUUAAAACAUGUGUUGCCUCUGUUUGUAAUCCAGGCAAAAUGAUCCUCUUACUCCAACUUCCUCCAGACUCGGAAACAAAGCCGACCGUCCAAACUGCUUAUUGACUAUUGUGGAUUUUGUCAUAAAAAACUAUAUAUCUCCUUUUAUAUAUAAUUUCACAUUCCGUAGCAUUGCAAAAUCAGGAGGCACAUUUUUUCCCUUAAUAUUACACCUGCUGCCACGUCAUUUACUUUUUGUCUAAGUUAAAGGAGAUUAUUACAGCAAUUUAUUUAUAAUGCAGCCAUGUUAACCCUUAAUAAGGCGCUCAUUUAACUCAGUGGCUGCCAUUGACGGUGCUAUAUUUGCAAUCGAAUUUUACAUGCACCUCCCAGUAAUAAUGGAUUGAACGUCUAGCACAGCCAGUGGCACUGAAACAUGAGCAUUCACAGGCAAUCAUCCCAGUUUAAAUGAAUUGGAUGUUAAUUGUAGAACCCAAAUCUUUUGUAGAGUGCUAUUUGGGGGCAUAACCAAGUGUAGUUCUGUUUUUAUUCAUUGUAUUCAUAUGAAUUCUUGUUAUAUAUGAUAUAUAUAUAUGAAUUGUUAAAUGUAUUUAUUCAUAGCAUUUGAUGUAAAAAAUAAUAUUUCAAAAUACAAUUAAAGAAACAAUAUAAUUAUCAUUGAGAACUGGCAUCCACAUACUGUAC